GGUUUGUGCCAGUAUCGAUUUAUUCCAAUAAAGCUUGCCUCCGACGACUGCCUCCGUCGCUCCCACGAUUCCGCUGGAGCAGGGUCUCCAGACUUUCCGUCUCCGAUCCUUCUCUCUGCAUCCUAAACAUGGCGGCCACUUCUCGCUUUAAGGGACUCGGAGCAGUCCUCGCUGCCUCGGGGGCGUCCUGGGCGGCCGUUGCUCUCGUGCAGCCACCGACGGCCUCCGCCUCCGAACGCGGACCCUCUGGGAUCGAUUUCGCCCGACGAAAGAUCGCCGAUCCCUUCGCCGUAGUCCCGCCAAGGGAGGUCCAGGAGUCGGCCCUCAUCGGGACCAGCCCCAUCAACCCGCUCGAUGUCCUCGUGAUCGGCGGUGGGGCUACCGGCUGCGGCGUCGCGCUGGAUGCCGCCACCCGAGGGCUUCGCGUGGGUCUCGUCGAGAGGGAAGAUUUCUCGUCGGGGUCGUCUUCGAGGUCCACUAAAUUAGUACACGGAGGUGUACGAUAUUUGGAAAAAGCUGUGUUCAAUCUUGACUAUGGGCAGUUGAAAUUGGUUUUCCAUGCACUAAGGGAGCGUAAGCAGGUCAUUGAUAACGCCCCACAUUUAUGCCAAGCAUUGCCCUGCAUGACACCUUGUUUUGAGUGGUUUGAGACUGUAUAUUAUUGGAUGGGACUAAAAUUAUAUGAUCUUGUUGCUGGCCGAAGGAUGCUACAUCUCUCACGGUAUUAUUCUGCAAAUGAAUCAGCUGAACUUUUUCCAACACUGGCCAAGAAAGGUCACAAGGGAAGCUUGAAAGGAACUGUUGUGUAUUAUGAUGGGCAAAUGAACGAUUCACGGCUGAAUGUAGGACUAGCUUGUACUGCUGCAUUAGUCGGUGCUGCUGUUCUUAAUCAUGCAGAAGUAGUAUCCUUGAUUAAGGAUGAAGUUGGUGAGCGAGUAGUGGGUGCACGAAUUCGCAAUCAGUUGUCAGGUAAAGAGUUUGAUACAUUUGCAAAAGUUAUUAUAAAUGCGGCUGGACCCUUUUGUGAUAGCAUAAGAAAAAUGGCCAAUAAAGAUGCACCAGCAAUGAUAUGUCCAAGUAGUGGUGUCCACAUAAUACUUCCUGAUUAUUAUUCUCCUGAGGGAAUGGGACUAAUUGUUCCCAAAACAAAAGAUGGACGGGUUGUUUUUAUGUUACCUUGGUUGGGAAAGACACUUGCUGGAACUACAGAUUCUAGCACUGCCAUUACAAUGCUCCCAGAGCCACAUGAAGAUGAAAUACAAUUUAUAUUGGAUGCCAUUUCUGACUACCUUAAUGUCCAGGUUAGACGUUCAGAUGUGCAUUCUGCAUGGAGUGGUAUUCGACCAUUGGCCAUUGAUCCAUCAGCAAAAAACACUGAGAGUAUAUCCAGAGAUCAUGUCAUCUUUGUGGAUCAUCCUGGUUUUAUAACUAUAACAGGUGGAAAGUGGACUACAUACCGAAGCAUGGCUGAAGAUGCAGUUAAUGCAGCAAUAGAGGCAGGCAAGUUGAAACCUUCCAAUGGUUGUGUGACUGAUCACCUCCGUAUUGCCGGUGGAGAUGGAUGGGAUCCAGUGUCAUUCACUAUACUUGCUCAACAGUAUGUACGAAUGAAAAAAACACACAGCGGCAAAAUUAUUCCUGGGGUGAUGGAUAGUGCUGUUUCCAAGCAUUUAUCCCACGCAUAUGGUACUCUUGCUGAACGAGUAGCUACUAUUGCUCAGAAUGAGAACUUGGGGAAACGACUAGCCCAUGGAUACCCCUUCCUAGAAGCUGAGGUUGCAUAUUGUGCUCGGAACGAGUAUUGCGAAUCAGCUGUCGACUUCAUCGCUCGAAGGUCUAGACUUGCUUUUCUUGACACUGAUGCAGCAGGUCGAGCAUUGCCCCGUGUAAUAGAGAUUCUGUCUGCCGAGCACAAGUGGGACAGAGCCAGACAAAGGCUAGAGUUGCGAAAGGGCAAGGAAUUUUUGGAAACAUUCAAAUCAUCAAAAAAUGCACAGUUUCGUGAUGGAAAACACACAGGUUGAUGAACCCGAUUUUUCGGAACAGCAAUUGCGCUGGCUGUCUAUGAACGAGAUUCCACAUAAUGAUUCCAUCAUACCCCAAGUAACAAGGACAAACUAA